CCCAACAACAAAACAAAUGUAUUCUACUCGCGCAAGCAUACGGCUCUCACGCCGCUUGUGCAAGCAAUAUGACACUGUCCAUAGCGUCAAAACACCUUUCCGCAGGAUCUCGAGCAAUGGCGCAGACGCCUCACAUACAUCUACUCCUUCCGAGUCCGAAGUCACCUCCGCAAGAGCGUACUGCUUGAACCUUUUACAGACAUAUGACGCCCCAUCCUACACUCUGCAAACAUUCAUACCGACCUCUGCGCGCGAUGCAUACCUUGCCAUUCGGGCAUUUAACACAUCCAUUGCGCAGAUUCCCGACACCGUGACAAACGCUACCGUCGGGGCUAUGCGCAUGGAAUUCUGGCGACAGACCAUUUCAUCCACAUUUGCCGGGCGCCCUCCCAAAGAACCCGUCGCUAUUCUUCUCUCGCACGCACUGUCCACAUUAUCUUCUCAUUCCCAGUCGCUCUCCUCCUCCUCGUCUUCUUCAUCUUUCUCCAGCAUGCCCAAAAGCUGGUUCCUCCGCAUCAUCUCCGCGCGCGAACAAUAUCUCAACAACGCACCCUACCCGUCGCUGGACGCCCUCGAAUCCUACGCCGAAAGCACCUACUCAACGCUCCUCUACCUUACUCUUUCCGCACUGCCCCUGUCGUCGCUCACCGCCGACCACAUCGCAUCACAUAUUGGCAAAGCCAGCGGCAUAGUCGCCGUCUUGCGCGGACUGCCUUUACUCGCUUUCCCCUCUCCCGCACCGCAUCAUUCUAAUCGCUCUGGACUUGGCCUUGGACUCGGCGCAUCCGGGCUGGAAUCUACUCGCCAGGGCGCAGUCACACUGCCCCUAGAUAUUAUGGCCGAAGCAGGCGUCAAAGAGGAAGAAGUCUUCCGGCGGGGCGCCGACGCGCCGGGCCUCCGCGACGCCGUAUUUGCCGUGGCCACGCGCGCCAACGACCACUUGAUCACCGCGAGACAAAUGUUGAAAAACGUCUUUGCGGGGCAGGACGUUGGUCACGAGUUUGAGCAUGCUGCUGAGCAAUUGGAACAUCGGGAUUAUCCUAGUCAUUAUUCAUCCUCUCCUCUUUCUCCUUCUCCUUCUCCGCCUCCGUCUAGGACCCAGAAUCGGCCACCCGAGGCGUACGACUCCGCAGACGAUCCCUCUGGCGGCGGCUACGACUUGUCUCGCGAGACAUACUCUUCAUUUACUUCCUACGACACACCCACUCCUUCUACUUCUACUCCAACAAGUUCAGGCUCAAGCCCAUUUGGUACCGCCCCUGCGCAGACAAGGCAAGAUUCCCUGUCCCCGUCUCUGUCCAGUGGCAUCACAGCGCAGAAAGAAUACCAGCAGCACCAGCACCAGCAUAAUAUCCAACUGGAAGAAGUCGAACGCGCGUUCGGCGUCUACAUGCCCGCUGUCGCGACGAGCUUGUGGUUGGAGAAAUUAGAAAAGCUUGAUUUUGAUGUGUUCCGGCCCGAACUGCGAGGCCGAGAGUGGAAGUUGCCCUGGAAGGCAUACUGGGCGUUUACGCGGCGGAGGAUUUAAGUAUUUGUAUUAUUGUUAUCAAUUUUAUUUUUCUAUUUAUUUUUAUUUUUCUAUUUUUAUCUUUUUUAUCUAUCUGUUAUUUUGUUAUUUUUAUAUUCUUUAUCUAUUUAUUAUUAUUAUUAUCAUUAUUUUUAUUUCAGUAUUGUUGUUAUAUAGAGCACGAUUGAGCAAUCUAGGUAUAUAUAAGAUCAUAUCAUACCAAGUAAUGUCACAGGGUAGAGGUAGCGUGGGGCAUUUCACUAGGAUUCGAAAGGAACAUCGUGCAUAUUCCUACAGUAGCACAAUACAACGGAACUUUACCUGACGAGCCUCCUGCUGCCUAAAGCGGCAGCUUCUGACUCCACGACUAACCC